AUGCCUCGAGGAAGAUUGGCAACAAGUGCCCGCUCAGAUGGCAGUGAUGUGGAUAUUGAUGGUACAGCAGAAUCAGAGAUAGCCAAACUGCAGAGACAGUUCAGGAUAAUGGAAGGAGAUCGGCAGGCCUACACCAUUCAGGCCCGGGAGCAGAUCCGCAAACAACAGCAGGAGAUGGAGAACCUGCUGAAGGAGCAGGAGGAGCUGAAUCGAAACCUUGGUGCUUGUAAGAGCUUGUCCCGCCAACAGCAGGACAGUGAGGACACCCAGAGUCUUCGUGCUCUGCUGGAGCAGAGAGACAUGCUAGAGGAGGAGCUGUUGAAAGAGAAGCAGUGUCAAAAAGAAGUAGAGAAAGAGGUUGCAAACAUGGAGUUAAAGCUGGCAGAGCUGAGAAAAAGUGAUGUCAGUGGUGGUGAUACACAAAGGUCUGAGCUACGGCGGACUCAGAAGGCCAUACGCACUUUGGAAUACAAACUGGACAGAUCUUUGACUCGCUUCAAUGAGCAGCUGACCAAAAACUGCCACCUGAGAGAGGAGAUGCAGACUCUUCAUAUUGAGCGCAUUCGUUUCCAGCAACUACACAACAGGCUGGACAAGGAACUUUACGAUGUCCGCAAGAAGAUAGGGGAAACUGUCAACCUGUCCACUGCUGCCUACGAUGCAAGGGUAGAGGCUCAGUCCAAGAUGACCAUGAUGAGGGAGAAGGCAGUGAAGGACCUGGCCCAGUACAACGCUGAGAUGAAGGAGCUGGAGAGGGUCAUUGCACAUGAGUGCAUCCUGAAAGAGUUCAUGUCCACCAAGUGCAGUGAGAGGAGCGGGCAGGACGAGGGCCAUGAGCUGGGACACAGACAACUGUCAGAGCUGAAGGAGCAGAGAAGGAUGGACUCAGGGGAAGAGUCGCUGGAUGCUUUAGAUGAAGUGUUCCAGAGAAUAGAGACAGUGACGGGGGAGGACAACCUGGACAUGCUGGUUACCAGGUUCAUCCAGGUUGAAGACCAGAACUUUGCACUCUUUAACUUUGUAAAUGAGCAAAACAAUGAGGCUGAGGCACUGAGGGACCGGAUCAACCAGACACAAGAAGAGAUAGAGAAGUUUGGAGUAGCAAGUUUGCAACAGGAGCAAGAUCAUCGCUCUCUGCUGACAGACAUUGAUGAGCAACAAAAGGAAACAGAGUCUCAAGCUGAGGACUAUGAGAACCAAGCCAGCAUCAUGAGCAAAAUCCUGGAGCAGAUAAAAACAGGAGUGAACGGCAUCUUCUCUGAAAUGGAGUGCGAUCGCUCAGUGAUAGAGGAUAUGCUGGGCUCCUCUACAGGGAUCAGUGAGAACAACAUCAUGUCUUACCUGGGCCUUGUGGAACAGAAGACUAACGAGCUGCUCACCAUACAAGCAUACCUCACUUCUAAAGAUCUGGAAAAGGACUAUAAUCCAAAAGACUUAGCCAAAUUUCUUCUGGGUCAAAAUCCUGAACUUCUUCAGCAGAGUGUUAGCAUAAAACCUGCACUUAACAGUGUGGAGUAUGAUGCCGAAGAGUCUCCUGUAACUGAUGAGGAAGAACGACCACUUUCACAGGGGGAACUACGCAGAACAAUUAUAAAAGGGGUCCUACAGAAGGAGAGUUCGGCCCGCCAGGCAGCAACCAAAGCCUCAAAGAUAAGUCAGCAGUUUGAUGGCAGACGACGCUCGCUGGAAGACCCACUAAUCUGACACAGUGACCUGAUCAGUGUAGUUAAUAUUCACAUUUUUAAAUAUUAGAUCCUUAUAAUCAUUAAGGCCUGCUUUCAUUGUUUAUCGUAAAAUAGAUCAGUGGAGGCAAUCACCGCUGAUGGAACAAGCCUGAUUGGCCAUGGUGCAGCUUGCAGAUGUAAACAUUUAGAGCUUAAUUAUGUUAUAUGUCACCUUGUAUGAUGAAUCAUUGGCAUGGCCUGUUCAUGGCCUGUAUCUUGUUGGGAUUUGUUAAGUUGGUACUAAUUAGGUUUGGAGCUAUAAAGAUGUCUCUUCAGAUUCUGGUAACCAGCUGUCCUUUUGAUGUGUGACUUGCCAUCUGGCUUUGACUAUACAAUCUGGUCUCAGUAAAGCCCUCCUGCACUAGCAGUGCUUCAUUACAUGAAACUGCUGCGAUGCUCAAAUGAAAAGGUUGGGGGCAGCAGAACCUUUUGUAAUUCUAAUUAGCAUGCUGAGACUGUUUCCAAAAGGAGGCGAGGAGCUUCUAGUGCUUCAUUGAACAGUGAACACACUUAUUUUGAACACAUUUUGUUGGGUGGAAUAAUAAUGAUUUGUUUCUCUCUCAUGUAUGUUUGGAGGAUUAAAAUCCUUUAUUCAGAUUUUGAUGAUAAAAUCAGUGUCAUUUGAAUAA